AUGCGUGGCGCCGCCCUCGGCGGCCGCUGGGACUACUCGACCAGCGCGUGCGCUGGGCACGGCUUCCACGGCGAUGGCGUCCCCGCCUUUGAGUUUGGGCCGCCCUCCGAGAAGAGGAUCCACCUCCACUGGGACUGCGCGGACGAAGGGACGCAUGGCGGACUCUUCGAGUAUGCGCUGGUCACCCUGUGGUUUGACGCAGGCUCCUUCCUAGCCCGUGCUUCGAGCCACGCGGAGCACCGGUCGGCAGUGGAAGAGGUGACCGCGAAGGACGAGGUGUGGCACCUGCGAGGCGGGCUCGACUUCUGCGCACCCAUCGCGCUCUGCCUGCACGAGCUCCAGGACAUGCGGGGUAUGACGCGGACCCGCCGCGACGUCCACUGGUGGCGGCGGCGCGCGAACCUGAGCGAGGGGCGCGCGGGCCACUUCCUCUGCUCCGCCCUGCUGUGGACCUUCCUGGGCAGGAGCCUCGGCCUGACGAGGGCCCUGGCCUCGCUGCCGCCCCCCACCCCCGCGGAGUGCACCGCGUCGUUUGCGGACGUCGCGCUGGCGUGGCGGGCCCACACGGCACCCACCCCGCUCUGGCCGCGCCCGCGUCCCGCGCUGGCCGUCUGCAUCCAGGGCGGCGUGCGCACCUUCACCCGCCCGGAGGUGCACGAGUCCAUCCGGCGCAACCUCGUGCUCCCGGCGGCCGCCAGCCUCACGCGGGUCUUCUACGUGCUCAACUCGACGUCCGACACGUGCACUUGGUGCGAGCGCAACGAGGUGCGGAGCUUCGGGCUCGCGGAGCUCGUUCCCGCCAUGGAGGCCAUCGGCCGCGGCCUCACGGCGUCCAUCGUUCUGGAGCCGGGCUGCUGCUGGCCAGCCCUCUCGCCGGGGCUGGCCUACUCGGACUGCUUCUGGGACAACAUCGCCGCCCCCGUGCAAGCCAGGGGCAAGCUCGAGGGAAGAAACCCGCUGACCAUGACCCAGAUGUCGCGGGGUCUUGCCGACGCUGGUCUCGGUCAUGGUCUACGUAUGCCGGCCGUCGCCGAUUCGCGAGGAUGGUCCACGAAUCGUUGA